ACUUGUAACCAGAAGUGUGGUUGUCUCGUUGUGAUCUCUGGCUGGCGGCGGGAUAGUUGUUUCGUUAGCUGACGAGCAUAUUUGUCCGUUUCGAGGCGGCAGAGCUGCAGGUGAACCCGCACACACUCAGGUAAACACUAUCAAAGUGAACAUAGCGUUGGCACGCUGGGCUAGCUGCGAUGCUAACCAGCUAGUUAGCCUGUUAGCUUCGGCCUGCUGCAUUGUGGCUAACUGCUAGCGUUAGCUUGUUAUCUGAUUGAACUUCCAGUCCAGACCAGGACCAGGACUAGGAGCACUACAAGAGCGGAAUGGAGGACCAGCAGAGCAACAAGGUCCCCAGAAAACCAGAAGCAGGCUCGGCCUCUGAUCCCAUCGAUGUUCAGAAACGGAGAGGAAGAGGGGGACUCAAACGUCACAGCUGUCAGCACUGUGACAAAUCCUUCACAACAUCUGGAAAGUUAAAGAUUCAUGAGAGAGUUCACACUGGAGAGAAACCAUACAGCUGUGACCAAUGUGGGGCAGCUUUCACCACUAAAGGUAGUUUAGAAAUCCACCUACGUAUUCACACUAGAGAGAAACCGUACUGGUGUAACCAAUGUGGUAAAACUUUUUCUCAGGGUAGUCACCUUGAAGCCCACCAACGUAUUCACACUGGAGAGAAACCGUACUGGUGUGACCAAUGUGUUAAAACCUUUUCUCGGGGAGAUUACCUUAAAUUCCACCAACGCAUUCACACUGGAGAGAAACCGUACUGGUGUGACCAAUGUGAUAAAACUUUUUCUCGGGGAGAUUCCCUUAAAACCCACCAGCGCAUUCACACUGGAGAGAAACCGUACUGGUGUGACCAAUGUGGUAAAACUUUUUCUGAUGGUAGUUCCCUUAAUGUCCACCAACGCAUUCACACUGGAGAGAAACCGUACUGGUGUGACCAAUGUGGUAAAACUUUUAAUCAGGGUAGUCACCUUAAAAGACACCAACGUCUUCACACUGCAUCGUUGUUGAGUCCAGGACACCAGAGUCCAGCAGUCAGAGUGGAGACCUGCUGGAUCUCAGAGACCAGGACCAGGAGCCCGUUUCAGAAAGCAGCUUUAACAAACUCUGAGAUGGAAAAGUGUUCGGUUCCAGAACAGCUGAUCAGAGUUUGUUCAAUCAAAUGUGAGGAUGAAAACAGCCUUCAUCAAUGGAGCUCUGAUACUACGAUUCACCAUGGCAACAGAGACCAGGACCAGGAGCACGUCAAGAGCGAAAUGGAGGAGGACCAGCAGAGCAACAAGGUCCCCAGAACACCAGCAGCAGGCUCGUCCUUUGAUACCACCGAUGUUCAGAAACGGAGAGGAAGAAAGGAACUGAUUGAUCAGAGAGUUCACACUGGAGAGAAACUACACAGCUGUGACCAAUGUGAGAAAACGUUUGCUUCGGGGAAUAACCUAAAAAGACAUCAACGUAUUCACACUGGAGAGAAACCCUACAGAUGUGAUAAAUGUGGGGCAGCUUUCACUCAAUCAUGUCACCUAAAAACACAUCAACGCAUUCACACUGGAGAGAAAUUCUACAGCUGUGAUGAAUGUGGGGAAGUUUUCCAAUGCCAGAGUUCCCUAAAAACACAUCAACGCAUUCACACUGGAGAGAAACCAUACUGGUGUGACCAAUGUGGGAAAACCUUUUCUCGUGAUAGUUCCCUUAAAGACCACCAACGUAUUCACACUGGAGAGAAACCGUACUGCUGUGACCAAUGUGGUAAAUCUUUUUCUCGGUCUGAUAACCUUAAAUCCCACCAACGCAUUCACAGUGGAGAGAAACCGUACUGGUGUGACCAAUGUGGUAAAUCUUUUUCUCGGUCUGAUAACCUCAAAUCCCACCAACGCAUUCACAGUGGAGAGAAACCGUACUGGUGUGAUCAAUGCGGGAAAACGUUUUCUGAUGGUAGCUCCUUUAAAGACCACCAACGCAUUCACACUGGAGAGAGACCGUACUGGUGUGACCAAUGUGGUAAAAGUUUUUCUCAUGGCAGUUCCAUUAAAACCCACCAACGCAUUCACACUGGAGAGAAACCAUACUGGUGUGACCAAUGCGGGAAAACUUUUUCUCGGGAUGGUUCUCUUAAAUCCCACCAACGCAUUCAUACUGGAGAGAAACCGUACUGGUGUGACCAAUGUGGGAAAACUUUUUCUCGGUCUAGUCACCUUAAAGCCCACCAACGCAUUCACACUGGAGAGAAACCAUACUGGUGUGACCAAUGUGGGAAAACCUUUUCUCAGAGUAGUCACCUUAAAUCCCACCAACGCAUUCACACUGCAGCGUUUUGAAUGUUUUCAGAGCCCAGUUAGCUUUUUCUUCCUGCCUGUUUAUCUAUGUCAAUCAUUUUCAAUUUAUAUAACUCAAAUAUGCAUGAUAAUAAACAAACAAGUUGUUCCUUAAACAAUAACAAAUUAAGCCGAAACAAGUUACACUGACUAAAGCUUGUAGAUCAAAACUUUCCUUUUAUAUUAAUCACUUGGUUAGAUCUUGCCAGCCUACAGACAUGUUAUUUCUACAUAUGUAUAUUAUAGGUCCCCGGAGAUAUAAAACAGAAAUUCGUGUGCACGCUAAUGCCUCAGUUAGUCCUAUUUUUGAAUAUAUGUUUUUAAUCUACUGAUAGUGUAUUACAACUUUUAACGUUGUUUGUGAACCAUACACAAAUCAACCCCUUUUUACUGUUACAUGUGAGCACAUGUGUUUUAUGUCAUCUAAGCUGAAUUCUAACUGUCAUGUUGGUAACUUGUCUCCCUGAGGCCCAGUCUCAUAGACGUGUCUGCUUCAUGGGAGCGACCCCUACCCUUUUGCCUCUUGCUCUCAUCUAGACAGAUCUGUGCCACAUGUUGAGAUCAAUUAUAUCCUUUCAUUUAUUGUGAAAUAAGUGCACAUAUACUGUAUAUCUACAUAUAUAGGCCUGUCUGUAGUAGUGUUUGUAUACCUACAUGUUAUGAUAACAAGGUGUAUCUAUGUUGUGUAAUUGGUUAUCAUUUUAAUUCAGUUGAUCAGGUUUUAUUUAGUGGUUUAUAUCACAUAGCUGAUUGGUACCGUUCUGCAGCGAAUAAAGCCCAGAUGUCAAAUACGGAAGAAUAAAUCCUGUGAAGCAAAUUAAUUAGUAUCAAUCCUGCAAAAGAAGUUUAAUUGAAAGUAUCAAUAUAAAAAAAACAUGGGAGGAGUGCUGUUUCCCGCCAACUGAACGCUGCACCCCUUCCUCAGAUGAUAAGAAGAAGUCAACAGAGUCUCUGUGUCUUCUGCUCUGCUCUACAUGAACUCUGAUGAAAGAGGGCCGCUUGCCCGUCCUGAGGUCCGGAUGUCCACUGUGGGCCCAAUACUUCAUGACAUGCUGAGAUCGACAUCCAGCCGACCUGAAAAAAAGAACCUGAAAUGGCUUCUUCUACACUAACUCCAACUACGACUAAAGAACUCUGAAUCCUGCAAGCCAGAUCAUCUCUCUCACUGCUCUGCUUCUCUGCCCUGAUUGCUGACCCAUCAGCUGCUGAGACCUGAAGUUUGCAUCCACACAACGUGCCGAAGACUUGGUUCCAGCCACUAUGAAGAAAAGAGAAGGAAAAACUUUAAAUAGGGGAGAUUUUUAACUGCCAAUGAUGCCGGGAGACCCCUCCAGGUACGAGAAGAAAUGGCUCAGAGACCCGCUCCACCAGAGAGAGAGAGAUGGAGAGGGAGGAAAACGAUUCAUGCCAAGUCUCACCGAGGGAACGUGUCCGCCGACAAUCUCCAGCAAUGUCAGAGAGAUGGAAACAGACCGAGGUCCAGACAGAACCUGUUACCACUCCCGGUAAACAGAUCAACCUCCCAUCUGCAAAUCAGAAAGAGUUUGAUGAUUAGGCUACUAAACAAAUUUAGAGUCAAUUAAUGAAUAUGGUUAGUUUAAGAAAUUGGUGGUUAAUAUUAGAUAUAAGAAUAAUUGAGAUAUCCAUCAAUAAGCUUAAAACCUGAACUCAUCCCUAAAUUUAGAAUAUGGAACUGCUUCAUAAUCUUCCCUGGUGCUUCUUAAAUCCAACUGCUGAACGGUGCAUUAAUACCUAAAACUAAAUUUAACUGAUGCGCUUAAACGUCAAGCGACAAAUAUAAUUCAGAGAUAUCAGUCACUGAAUUGACCUGGUCACAUUUGAUCUGUUUCUAUUCAUAAAUGUUCAUCGUUGUAUUCACUGUAUUCCUUCAUUCAUCCUUUAUCAUUCUAUUCCUUUUUCAUUUUAUUUUAACAUUUAUUCAGUUACAGUAUAUUCUGUUAGUAGUUUAGUCAUGUAGUUAGGUAAAUAAAAAUGUCAUUAUAAAGAA